CCAGAACGUGGCAACAUAACCUCAAUUCUCGACAAUUUACGGCGAACCAGCAAUAUCAUUCGCAUUAAGUGACUCUGCACUGCCUUCUAAUACCUUCGACACGAGGUCCGUCGUCCGACAAAGAGCGAUAUAAGUACUGGUAAUCUGAGGGCCAAACGCGAACUGGUUUCCAACCCCCGCCCAGGCUCGCCCCACAUCCCCGAGCGCUGCCGAAGUUCCUCGCCGACUCCGUGACCUCUCACCUCGGUGCCCUUGCUGCAGGCGAUCCACUCACACCGCCUGGACCGUACGCCGUAUAUCCCACCAGCCCGGGUUCGCGAGUCCCGACGAGACAGGCCAGCACAACACCGACACGAUGAAGCUUUAUUACGUCGGCGUUCUCGACAACUCCAGGAAGCCGGCGGUGCAGCUGUGCGCCGCGUACGAGCUCAGCGACUUCUCACGCUUCACCAGAAAUGAAUAUGGAAACUUCAUGACCAUGAUCAGCAAGACGGUGGCCGAGCGGACAGGGCCGGGUCAGAGACAGAGCGUCGAGGAGCAGGACUACGUUGUCCACUGCUAUUCCCGAUCCGAAGGCGUCGCGGGGGUCAUAAUCACCAAGGACUAUCCCCACAUUGCCGCCCACAGCGUUCUCUCCAAGCUCAUGGACCAGUUCCUGUCCGAGGUCCCGCUCGACACGGUCAAGGCCGCCCGAAACGACGGCGAUGUCUCGUUCCCCGCCGUGCAGGAUUUCUUGAACAACUACCAGGAUGCCAACCAAGCGAGCAGCAUCGCCAGGAUUCAGCAGGAGCUGGAUGAGACCAAGAUCGUGUUGCACAAGGCCAUCGACAGCGUCCUGCAACGUGGUGAGAAAUUGGACGACCUCGUAGCCAAGAGCUCCGACCUGAGCGCGCAGAGCAAGAUGUUCUACAAGUCGGCCAAGAAGCAGAACUCGUGCUGCCUUGUGAUGUGAGCCCUUGAGGGUGACUAAGAGCAGGCCGCGCCCUGGAACGGGAUUCGGAACAUUGGACCGCCGUGUCCUCCCUCGGCGCCUCGACUGAGAUAGGAUGAAUGCUGCUUCUCGCGUGGCUUCCUUGACGGUCCUCAACCGACAUCUACCGCCUUGGUGUACCACUGGUGUUUUGGCCCGGGCCCAGGGUCGACGAGGAGUGGCCUCGAUACUCACUCGAAUCUAUCCGCCUGGGUGAUAUUUUUGGCCCUGGAGCCGGCUUUAGCCCUUUGGUCUCUCAAUUCGCUUGGGAACGGUCGGAAGACUUCACCUUGGGCCCGACACGGAGCCGACAAGCCGCCGGACAGCUUCAAGAAAAGGUUUCACCGAAUCAUGGGCUCAAUCAGGAGAAGGUAGCUGUGGUGUUCGUGAUGGAUCAUCCAGCUUCCGCGCCCUCGCUCUCGUCCCCGGCGACAGCGACAGCCGCUCGGAUUUCUGUUAUUACAAUACCCCGAUAGAUGAAUGAUCUGUACAAGAAUAUCGAUGAUCUUUG